AAUAACUAAACUAAACUAACUAAAAACACAUCUGUGAAAAUUGUUCUGACAAACUCUGAUAAAUGACUUUUUAAAUUAUUUUUUAUUUAAAUUUAAUUCUCACUUUACAUGAUUGCACGAUGUCCUAACUCGAUAAAAAACGUUCUUGAGCAAUAAUCGGGACUUGCAACAUUAGCAAACAAUUGGAGUGACGCCAUACUCAUAACUGCUCGUAGUAUUGUUUGCAAGAUGGAGUCCGAAUACGAAGAGGACCAUGGCGGUUGGGGGGAUGAGAUUGCCCGAAACGCCGAGGAAGCUGGCGAAGAUGCAUUCGAGAAUCCGCAGGAAAUACUGAAGGACUGUAUGGACAAGUUCAAGACACCCGAUUACAUAAUGGAGCCCGGCAUCUUGUCUCAGCUCAAGAAGUACUUCGUAGCGGGAGGGAAUCCCGAACAAGUCAUCGAAACGCUGUCCACGAAUUACACGGCGUGCGCGCAGAUGGCGAACCUGCUCGCUGAGUGGCUGAUCGCCGCCGGAGUGACCGUCACCGACGUCCAGGCAAUGGUGGAGAACAACUUGAAGGAUAUGAUUCUGAAGAACUUCGACCCCAAGAAAGCCGACAAGAUCUUCACGGAGGAGGGUGAGACUCCCUCUUGGUUGACCGAGAUGAUACAGCAUCCCACUUGGCGAUCCCUCAUCUACAGACUCGCCGAGGAGUAUCCCGACUGCUUGAUGUUGAAUUUCACCAUCAAGCUCAUCUCCGACGCCGGCUUCCAGGGUGAAAUCACGAGUAUCUCGACCGCGGCGCAACAGAUCGAGGUCUUCUCGCGCGUGCUGAAGACCGCGAUCGCCGGGUUUCUGCAGAACACGGAGAACUGGCAGUCGAGCAUACAAGAGUGCGCGAAGAUGGUGUGCCACGGCCAGCACACCUACGUCUACAGCCAGGUCCUCCUGCAGAUCCUCGCGCAGGAGGCUCGCGGUGGUUUCAUGAUGAAGAGACUGUCCCAGGAGAUCACCAAGUGCGCUCAGCAGAAUCGCCACGACGUCACACCGAUAACGAUGGCGUUGAACGGCGCCGCCGGCAGUCCUGGGGCGUGCCAGGCUCUGUCGUCCAUGUUGUCAAGGAACACUCUAAAUCCCGCCGAUAUCACUGUGUUGUUCAGAAAUUAUUCCGCGGCGGAGCCGCCACCGAUCGAGCUCCUGCGUAAUCCUCAAUUUUUGGAACUGCUCGUUGACGCGCUUUUCAAGCCCGGUGUAAAGAUCAAUCCCGAGCACAAAUCGAAGUACAUAUAUUUAUUGGCGUACGCAGCGAGCGUAUGCGAGACGGUUCCAAAGAAGGGCAACACGCGUAAGACCAAUAAGGACGACCUGAAAACUACCACCCAGGCGAUUGAAAAAGUCCACAAUAUAUGCAACAUAAACAAAGGCUCGUCCGAGUUAAUAGCGGAGUUGAAUACUCUGUAUCAGUGCAUUCGCUUUCCUGUCGUAAGCGUCGGCGUGAUACGAUGGGUGGAAUGCACCGUAACGGAACCGUCGUACUUCAAACUGUGCACGGAGCACUGCCCAGUGCAUCUGGCCCUAUUGGACGAGGUGGUGAAUUGCCACACCCUGUUGCAUCCGAAAAUAUUGCGACUGCUCGUACACCUGUUCGAGAGCAAGCAGGACGAGCUGGAGAUACUCGUACAGCUGGAAAUGAAGAAAAUGUUAAUCGAUCGAAUGUUGAAUCUGCUGAGCCAAGGCUGCGUGGUGCCCGUUGUGAGCUACAUCAAGCAGUGUUGGCAACGCGGAGACACGGACGUGUCGCUAAUCAGAUACUUCGUUACCGAGGUGCUGGAAGUGAUAGCUCCUCCGUACUCGACUGAAUUUGUGCAAUUAUUUUUGCCGAUGGUAGAGAACGAGGAGAUCACCGGGACUAUGCGCAGCGAGAACGAGAACGAUCUCGUUUCGGAAUUUAUCGCACACUGCAAAGCACACUGUCCUGUUAUGAGAUGACGUUACAAAAAUUAAUCGCAAGUAGGUUAAAUUAUUUUUUUUUUUAACGAAUAAAAGCUUUGAGGUUGACCAAACUGGCAACUUUAUUGUAUAUUCAUCCACAACGUUUCGACCCGACGAUUUUUUUUUCUUAUAUCUUCUCAGAAACGUUACAAUAUUUUGACUAGAAUAAGUGACUCCUAUGAGCGAUCGCUCGGCCUUAAAUGAAUUUAGAAAGAAUUUAAUUCAGCGAUUGAUAUCUGGUCCUGAUGAUCUAGAGAGUAUCAAGAUGUUAGCUGCAACUUUGCAGCGUUUUUUGAUAUUUAUAUAGGUAUAUAUAGAUAGAUUUUUGCUAAUCGUAUUGACUUCUCCUUUCACAGUAUUAAUCUUUAAGUCGUUGAGGAUGUACUUGUUACUUACGUAAUACGCUAUGUCUAACAUGGUUCUAAUGGCGUUGGUUUAAAAUCGUUGCAGGAUUUCUGUAGGUUAAAUAAAGGGAAAGUGAUAACAAUGCGCAGAAUGGUUUUAUUUUAUACGAGGACAGGCAUCGUCAUACGUAACUUAUGGCUAUAAAUAUGUGUCGGAUGAAAUCUGCAUCCAUCUGUGAUAUCAAUCAUUGUCUAGGCGUUUUCUGUAACAGAAUAUUGUAUACAUUAUCAGUGCGAUAUACAUGAAUGUAAUAAAUCUUGGGGAAUAGUGUUUAUUAAUAAGAUACGUGCAAAUAAAGACAAACAUGUUAAUUGCUUGUAAA